UAAAUGUCCCUUUUGCUAUGAAUUGAUGACGUUAUGUCGUAUUUUCGGGAAAAUGUCCUGACAGGUGCAAAAAUGCAAAGUUGAUUUUCUUAAGGACAUAUUGUGAGUUAUCUAUGGUUGCUAGCUUGCGUUUACUGGUGGGAUGAAAUACCUCCAAAAUAUUUAAUACUUUCAGGUGUAUCUGGUUGGACAGGAGGGUAUAUGUGUAUGAAUAUAGGACUCUACUCCUACAUAUCCGAUACAAGUUCUAUCCAGAACCGUACUUCAAGACUUUCAAUCCUAACCGGAGUUUUCGGCCUGGGCAACAUGAUCGGAGUUCAGAUUGGCGGCCAUGUUUCAAACGACUUUGUAAUAUUUGUUGCGGCAACGCUCCUGGGUGUUUUAGGGAUAUUUUACACUGCGUUUAUCAUCGAGGAAAGUCUGGAUAAAAGUAAGCAACUGCAUGGGAAACAAUCAGCAGUCAACCAGGUGCUGGGUUGCUUGAAAACUACAGUAAAGAAGAGACCAGGCCGGGAUAGGAUGAUGGUGUUUAUCUCCUUGUUCCAGUUCAUGUGCUUCAUGCUGUGCAUCAACACGGUGGAGUUUGAUUACUUGAUGACCAGGCUGAAGUUUUCCUGGACCAGAAAGGAUUAUGGAAACUUUCUUACAGCUAAAGGCUGCAGUCGGAUAGUAGGUUUGUGGAUUCUCCUUCCCUUGGUCUCAAAAUAUUUCAAGAUUCGUGACAGUGUAGUGAUCAGUUUUAGCUGUUUAAUCACUAGUGCUAGCUAUCUCCUUCAAGUUGUUGGAUCACCUUCCUGGGGCGGGGAUUGGCCUCUCUUCCUAGCCGUAGCGCUACAACUUAACUUUGUUGGAAGUGUGGGUAUAAGAUCUCGACUGAGUAAGAUAGUUGGAAACCUAGAGGUUGGGCAAAUUUUUGCUAUUAUUGGUAUUGGACAAGCUAUUGUUGCUCUCAUAUCACACAGUUUCUUUGGCGUUAUUUACAACAAGACUUUGAGUGUCUACCCAACCAGUUACCUCAUACCUAUAGUUGGUCUUCUUUUCAUCAGUUUUCUACUCACUUUCCUAGAUCAUAAUCUUUACUCAGGGAAUAGGAACUCAGUGGCUCCGAGUCCUAACGUACCUUUGGAAACCAAUAAUAUAGACUUGAAACCUGUUACCAACUUGUAGUUCUUACUCAAAACUAUAUAUUACAAUGCAAUAUAAAAUUUAUUUGUUAACUAAAUGUAAAAGAAUUCCAAUAAACAUAGGAUUCAG